AUGAACAUUUUCAAGAGGCAGACGCCGGAGGAGGCCAUGCGAGAGAGCAAGCGGGACAUUCGCAGGGGGCAACGCGACAUUGAGCGAGAUGUGCGCGAGAUGGAGAGGCAGGAGAAGCAAUUGAUUAUCGAAAUCAAGGCGCUGGCCAAGAAAGGCGACAACGCCUCUGCCAAGAUCAUGACAAAGCAACUUCUCAAUGUGCGCAAGCAGAAGGAGAAGCUCCUCACGUCCAAAGGGCGGUUGACGUCUGUAUCGGUGCAGCAGACGUCAAUGAAGGCCAACAUGACAGUCCAGAAGGCCAUGGGCGGCGCGGCCAAGGCGAUGGCCGUCUCCAACAAGCAGAUGGACAUGCAGAAGAUGCAGGCCACGCUCCAGCAGUUCGAGAAGCAGCAACAGCUCGCCUCCAUGACGGAAGAGAUGAUGGAUGACAUGCUCGAGGAUGAAUUCGAAGAUGAGGAGUCCGACCAGGUGCUGGACCAAGUGCUCGAUGAGAUCGGACUCGACCUCAACACUUCGUUGUCGACCAAGAACCCAGCGACCGGGUCACUGGCCCAGUCCGCAAGCGAGGACGCAGCUCUCGAAGCGGAGAUGAAGAAGCUUCUCGGCGCGUAG